ACGCCGCUGCCUAACCCGCUUCCAGCUUUUUUUUCCCCUUCUGCAACAAGUCUGUGAUCAGCCACGGGACAGAGGAGCCAGCAGCCUGCCUGUGACAGGCAUCAGCCAACGCAGACCGCAUCAUGUUGGCCCUCGGGUGCUGCCGGCUCUGGUCCCACUGGGCACAGGUGACAGUAUUGCUGCUGCUGCUGGGGGUGCCCCCGAGAGGCCUGGCACUGCCACCCAUCCGCUAUUCUCACGCUGGCAUCUGCCCCAACGACAUGAACCCCAACCUCUGGGUGGAUGCCCAGAGCACCUGCAAGAGGGAGUGUGAGACGGACCAGGAGUGUGAGACCCACGAGAAAUGCUGCCCGAAUGUGUGUGGGACCAAGAGCUGUGUGGCUGCCCGGUACAUGGACAUGAGAGGGAAGAAGGGCCCGGUGGGCAUGCCCAAGGAGGCCACGUGCGACCACUUCAUGUGUCUGCAGCAGGGCUCCGAGUGUGACAUCUGGGAUGGCCAGCCCGUGUGUAAGUGCAAAGAUCGUUGUGAGAAGGAGCCCAGCUUCACCUGCGCCUCUGACGGCCUCACCUACUAUAACCGUUGCUACAUGGAUGCGGAGGCCUGCUCUAAGGGCAUCACGCUGGCCGUCGUCACCUGCCGCUACCACUUCACCUGGCCCAACACCAGCCCCCCGCCACCCGAGACAACCGUGCGCCCCACCACGGCCUCCCCAGAGACCCCUGGACCGGAUACGGUGGCCCCAGCUCUGCUCAACCACCCCGUGCACCAGUCGGUAACCGUGGGUGAGACGGUGAGCUUCCUCUGCGAUGUGGCGGGCCGGCCCCGGCCUGAGAUCACCUGGGAGAAGCAGCUGGAAGACCGGGAGAACGUGGUCAUGCGGCCUAACCACGUGCGUGGCAACGUGGUCGUCACCAACAUCGCCCAGCUGGUCAUCUACAAUGCGCAGCCCCAGGACGCCGGCAUCUACACCUGCACGGCCCGGAACGCCGCUGGGGUCCUGCGGGCCGACUUCCCGCUGUCGGUGGUCCGGGCGGGUCAGGCUGCGGCCCCCUCGGAGAGCAGCCCCAACAGCACGGCCUUCCCCGCGGCCGAGUGCCUGAAGCCGCCCGACAGCGAGGACUGUGGCGAGGAGCAGACCCGCUGGCAUUUUGACGCACAGGCGAACAACUGCGUCACCUUCACCUUCGGCCACUGCCACCACAACCGCAACCACUUUGAGACCUACGAGGCCUGCGUGCUGGCCUGCAUGAGCGGGCCGCUGGCUGCCUGCAGCCUGCCCGCCCUGCAGGGGCCCUGCAAGGCCUACGCGCCCCGCUGGGCCUACAACAGCCAGACGGGCCAGUGCCAGUCCUUCGUGUACGGCGGCUGUGAGGGCAACAGUAACAACUUCGAGAGCCGCGAGGCCUGCGAGGAGUCCUGCCCCUUCCCGCGGGGGGACCAGAGCUGCCGGGCCUGCAAGCCGAGGCAGAAGCUCGUCACCAGCUUCUGCCGGAGCGACUUCGUCAUCUUGGGCCGGGUGUCCGAACUGACCGAGGAGCCCGACUCGGGCCGCGCCCUGGUGACCGUGGACGAGGUUCUGAAGGAUGAGAAGAUGGGCCUCAAGUUCCUGGGCCGGGAGCCACUGGAAGUCACCCUGCUCCACGUGGACUGGGCCUGCCCCUGCCCCAACGUGACGGUGGGUGAGACACCGCUUAUCAUCAUGGGCGAGGUGGACAACGGCAUGGCCACACUGCGGCCUGACAGUUUCGUGGGAGCGUCCAGCAGUCGGCGGGUCAGGAAGCUCCGCGAGGUCAUGCACAAGAAGACCUGUGACGUCCUCAAGGAGUUUCUGGGCUUGCACUGAGGCCCCGACCCCUCCCCAGCCCCCUCCCCGGCCCUUGUCCACCCACCCACCCCCAACGCCCCUCAGUCCAAAAACUGGGCAAAGUCAGGUUAGACGAUCUUAGGCCAGCCAGAGAGAUAGCAAUCAGCGCCUCGGAAAAAAAUCCACUAGUGGUUCCUAGAUCAAAUAGUCUUUGGGUACAUCAAGGGGUCUGUAUCUUCUUUAGCUGAGGGGGACAAAAGGAGAAGCCUGUGGAUGAAAGUUAUUCCUGAUGGCCAGUCUGCUCCGGUGUAUGACCCUCUCUCUGCUGGCCAGCGCCCUCCGCUGGUGCCCCCGGUGCCCAGCCAGCUCCCAGCCAGGGGUCCAGAGACGGUGUCUGCACUGUGGUCAUGGGACUCAUGGAAUCGAUUGGUUUGCAAAAGGGGUAGCUGGGAGAGAAAAGGAGGCCCAAAGACUCAUUGGACAGAUUCCCCACAGCCACCAUGGGUAGAAACUGCUUCAUGUGAGGGCUUGUGGGAAGUGGGACGUAAAAGGCAUGGUCUGACCCAGCACACCACUGGCCCUGAAGUGGGCAGUCAGCCUGUGUUCUCACCAAAUUGGCCCUGUGGUCCCUGAGGCCACCGUGGCCCCAGCAGAAUACACAUUUUCCAUGUUUCUCCUUGGCUUUAUUGAAUGGUUUCUUGAUGGUCGACUUAGAAAUUCAGCUCUGUUCAGUCCAACUCAGUGGACGUUUUGUGAACAUUACUGGGUGCCAGGUGCUAGGGCACAGACAGAUAUCAGUCUCUGCCCAGCUGCUAGGGACUGAACUCGAAUUCCAGAUCCCAGGGCUCCCACCCCUACCCCUACCCCACCCAAAGCAUACUCAUGGCUGGCUCUCCCAACUAUCAAAUGGCCCCAUUUUCAUCUGUCACUGGCUUCUUCAGACAAAAAGCAGACAGAAGCCUUAGGAUCUGUUCUGGUGGGAAGGGAAGUAUAGGAAGAGGAAAAGUCACAGUUUGGGGGAGUGGGUAAGUGAAAGACUUGGAAGGGAAGGAGGAGGGGAGACAGGCUUGGGAAAGAAAAGGAAUGUUGCUCGAUGCUUCCAUCUGGUGGUGGCCCUGGGAGCUGCAGGGACCUGAGGAAGGCUCUAGCUGAGGCCUGGAAGGCAGGUUUGGGGAUGUGGCAGCUGGCUGGUGACUUCUUGUUUCUGGACUUCCUAAGCAGGUCCAGCCACCACCCCACACACAUUAGAUAAAGGACUUGAGAAAGUCACUGUCAGAUCUACAUCUGCCUCCCAUCCUUCCUCAGCCCUUCAUUCUGUCUAGGCCCCUCCAAAGCUGAAGAAGGUCCCUGUGGGGGCCUGCCUCAAAUGUAAGGGAGGAAGAUUUCAAUUAAAAGCUCAUAGUAUCAAGA